CGUUUAGGAGCCGCCCCGCUUCCCCCCAGUCUCCCGAGCAACACCGCGGCUCCGCCCCGCCAUGGCGCCGGAGGAAAGCGUGGACGCCUCUCGCCUGCUGCAGAGUUUCGAACGCCGCUUCCUGGCGGCGCGCGCGCUGCGCUCGUUCCCCUGGCAGAGUCUAGAAGAGAAAUUAAGGCACUCGGGUUCGGAGCUGCUGCUGGAUAUUUUGCGGAAGACUGUGAAACAUCCUCUGUGCAUGAAGCAUCCACCGUCGGUGAGGUAUGCCCGGUGCUUUCUCUCGGAGCUCAUCAGAAAGCACGAAGCUGUCCACGAGGAGCCUUUGGACGAGCUGUACGAGGCAUUGGCGGAGGUCCUGACAGCCGAGGAGCCCACUCCGUGCCACCGGACCUACCUGCUGCCUUCCGGGGACUCGGUCACACUCGCUGAGAGCACAGCCAUCGUUUCCCAUGGCACCACCGGCCUGGUCACGUGGAGUGCUGCGCUCUACCUUGCCGAAUGGGCCCUAGAGAACCCAUCGGCUUUCAAUCACAGGACUGUCUUAGAGCUCGGCAGUGGAGCCGGCCUCACCGGCCUGGUCAUCUGCAAAAUGUGCCGUCCUAGAGCAUACAUCUUCAGCGACUGUCACAGCCAUGUCCUCGAGCAGCUCCGAGGGAACAUCCUUCUCAAUGGCUUCUCGUUGGAGCCAGAUGCCACCGCCCCAGCACAGCACCCCGGACACCACACCCACAACUCAGAGAGCCCCGUGGUGGCAGUGGAACAGCUGGACUGGGACGUUGUGACAGCCCUUCAGCUCACUGCCCUCCAGCCGGACAUCGUCCUCGCAGCAGAUGUGCUGUAUUGCCCAGAAAUUAUCCUGUCCCUGGUCAGGGUCCUGCAGAGCCUGUCUGCUUGCCGGAAGGACAAGCUAACUCUUGACGCCUACAUUGCCUUCACCAUCCGCAACCCAGAGACAUGCCAGCUCUUCACCACCGAACUAGGCCCACCCCGGCCUUCCACCUCAAAACCUGGCAGCAGUGGAGGACCCGUUUGGCCCAACACCUGCCCCCGCCUCGCAAGCAAAGCCCCACCUGCAGCAGCCUCUGCUAACAAAGACCACCCAAAUGCCUGCCCACAUGUGCUAAAAGUCCCACUGGCAGAGUGCUGUGCAGCCUUGAAAAAGAAUGGAGUCCUUCAGAUAUUUAUGGGUAAAAAUAUCUGUAUUUUAUUUUUUAAACGUUUUUUAUUUCUAAAUUACAGUUGACAUACAGCGUCACAUUAGUUUCAGGUAUACAACCCCAGGGUUAAACGUUUAUAUAACUUACAACACUGAUCACCCCAAUAAAUCUAGUACUCAUCUGACACCGUAAGUUAUCACAGUAUUACCAACUGCAUUCCCUGUGCUGUGCUCGACGGCCCCAGGCUGCACAGCACUCUGUAACCACCACACUACUCCUCAGUCUCUUAGUCUCACGCAUAUCCCUCAGCCCCCCUCCCAUCUGGCAAACGUCAAAAUCUACAACAUAUUUUAAGUGAAGAAAACUAAGUGCCAAAAGAUAAUAUAGUAUAAGCCAAUUCUUAUUUUAAAAAAUAAUCACCUUUAUUCUAAAAUUCAUAUGGGGGAAUCUCUAAGAAUAUACAAUAGUUAACAGUUGUUAUACUUGGAUGGCAGGAUUAUAGAUGCUUCUGCACUUUCAUGUCUCACAUUUCCUUUUAAAUACUAAUUUUUCAUUCAUAAAAAACUGAUGAUAAAAUGAACCUUGCCAGCGGCUCUUCAGACACCUGUGCUUACAAAGAGGAUGGGAGCCCCUCCAGGUGCACGUCCAGGUUUUGUGAGGAGGCACCAGGCUGAGCAGUCAGGCCGAGCAGGUUCAAAUCUUGGCUCCACUUGAGCUGCACCUGGUGACAGGGUGGAGGACAGGUGCAGAGCACUACAGGGAACCCAGACAGGCGAUGACCUUCCACAGACAGGUAUGGCCCAAUGGGCAGAGGCAGCAAACCUGGCUGUCAUGAGCUCUUUAAAAACAGGAUUCCUGGUCCUGCUUCUGGAGGCGGCUUCUAGGUGUCUGGAUGGGGCUGGACAAUCUGGUUUGUAAGCCCACCCCCAGGCCUGUCUUGCAGCCCCUCACUCCUAGGGUGGUGCCUGUCCCCAAACCCCGCCAUCCUGAGACACACAUGCUCUGUUUCCAGGCCAGGCUGGGAUCUCAUGGGAAGCGGUGCCUCAUCACAGCCAAAAACUAUUUCCCUAUGAAGAGCACUCGGAGAUGGCAAUUCUGAAACUAAUGUUGUAGGUUUACAACAAACGUUUCUGAAAAUAACCGUGAAAAUUAAAUCUCCUGGGGAAAAGUUUUUAUCUGGGAAAAGCUGAUAGAACUUUCAUUGGACUUAAAUGUUUGAAGAAUGUUAAUUCUGAACCAGGAACCACAAACUGUGUCCUAAUAAAACAUGAACCGUUCAGGCAUGUGGCUGCCCCUUUCUGUCAGCAGUUCUGGCUCAUAAGCAAACCACCAUAAACCAGAAAUGAAAGUUUUGGCUCGGAGGUAAGCAUUCCAUUUGUGUGGGGAAAACACAUCUAUCAAGUAUAUUUCCUCCAUCCUGGACAAUAUUCAGGACACAACAGAGCAGAUGCUGAGAAAGGCACCCCCAGAAAACAAAAACGGACAAAGUGAUGCUGGACAGGC